AAAGAGAGAGACAGAGAGAGAGAGAGAGAAGAGAGAGAGAGAGAGAGAGAGAGACAGAGAGAGACAGAGAGAGAGAACGAGAGAGAGAGACGAGAGAGAGACGAGAGAGAGACAAGAGAGAGAGAGAGAGAGAACGAGAGAGAGAGGAGAGAGACGAGAGAGAGACGAGAGAGAGAGAGAGAGAGAGAGAGAGACAGAAAGAGAGAGACAGAGAGAGAGAGAGAGACGAGAGAGAGAGAACGAGAGAGAGAGAGAGAGAGAGACAGAGAGACAGAGAGAGAACGAGAGAGAGAGAGAGAGAGACGAGAGAGAGACAGAGAGAGACAGAGAGAGAGAACGAGAGAGAGAGAGAGAGAACGAGAGAGAGAGAACGAGAGAGAGAGAGAGAACAAGAGAGAGAACGAGAGAGAGAGAACGAGAGAGAGAACGAGAGAGAGAGACGAGAGAGAGAGCGAGAGAGAGAGAACGAGAGAGAGAGAACGAGAGAGAGACGAGAGAGAGAGACAAAGAGAGAGAGAGAGAGAACGAGAGAGAGAGAGAGAGAGAGAGAGAGAACGAGAGAGAGAGAACGAGAGAGAGAGACAAGAGAGAGAGAACGAGAGAGAGAGAGAACGAGAGAAGAGAGAGAGAACGAGAGAGAGAGACGAGAGAGAGAGAACGAGAGAGAGACGAGAGAGAGAGACGAGAGAG